AUGGCUUCGUCCGAGGAAGAGGUGACAACCGCGUCGUCAGUACCCGACGAUGACUGCCUCAGUGUGCGCAAAUGGUGGUGCUUCCUGCUCUCGUCGAUCUUCACGUUCAUCGCGGGCCUGCUGGUGGUGCUGCUAUGGCGCGCGUGCGCGUUCGUCUGCUGCCGCAAGGAGCCGGAGCUCUCGCCGAACGACCCCAAGCAGAAGGAGCAGAAGGCGGCGCGCCAGGGCAAGCAGGAGUUCGAGGGGACGUUCAUGACCGAGGCGAAGGACUGGGCCGGCGAGCUCAUCUCCGGCCAGACAACCACCGGACGGAUACUGGUAGUGUUGGUGUUCAUACUGAGUAUAGCAUCGCUGAUUAUCUACUUCAUUGACGCAUCCAGCGAGGAAGUGGAGCGUUGCCAGAAAUGGAGUGACAAUAUUACUCAGCAGAUCGACCUUGCCUUUAACAUAUUUUUUAUGGUCUACUUUUUUAUACGAUUUAUAGCAGCUAGUGACAAACUAUGGUUCAUGCUCGAAAUGUAUUCAUUUGUAGAUUAUUUCACAAUACCCCCCUCCUUUGUAUCUAUAUACCUGGACAGAACGUGGAUAGGGCUGAGGUUCCUACGAGCUCUACGCUUAAUGACCGUGCCUGAUAUUUUGCAGUACCUUAAUAUAUUAAAGACAUCGAGCUCGAUACGGCUGGCCCAAUUAGUUUCUAUAUUUAUAUCGGUAUGGUUGACCGCGGCCGGUAUUAUACAUUUGCUGGAGAACUCUGGCGACCCGCUGGAGUUUGAUAAUGCGCAGUCACUCUCGUACUGGACUUGCGUGUACUUUCUUAUAGUGACCAUGUCCACUGUAGGUUACGGUGACGUGUUCUGUCACACUGUUCUCGGCAGAACAUUUUUGGUUUUUUUUCUCCUUGUCGGCUUGGCAAUGUUCGCUAGUAGCAUUCCUGAAAUUAUAGAGCUGGUAGGAAGUAGGUCCAAGUACAGUGGCGAGCUGAAGCGUGAACAUGGAAAAAGAUGUAUUGUGUUAUCUACUCGCGCACACCCGUUGGUCCCGGGGGCGAGUUACGGCUGGACCUCGGUCCUGUGCCAUCGUCUUCACGAGCUGAGCUUCCGAGCCGCGCGCCGCUGGCACAGGGGCGGGUCUCAGCCAACGCGCGCGCCCUCGACGGCCCACCCGUGUGCGUGCUCUACCAAGCGUCUAUACCGAAUGCCCAUCGUCUUAGAC